GGUAGUCGCCGAGCAGAUCCCGACCCGGGCGACGUCACACCCGGUUUUUGGUCGGCUCUUCAUGACGCAGAAAUUUGAUUAUAUCAGACCAUCGUUCGGGGUCUGUCACUUCACUCCGUGUCGCCAUUUUCUUCGAUCUUUCGCUCACAAUCCGGAAUUGUUUCUUCUCUACCAUCUUAUAGGAUUUUCACCUCUAUAGAAUCUAAUACCCCAACAUGAAGCUCUUAUCAAAGGAAGAAGAGGAUGCACACUACAGCUCUGUCCUCAAAGGCGGCACCCUGGGCACACUCGCUGGUCUUGCCGCAGGCGUCGGCGGCGUAAUGUUCGCCCAAAAACGCUAUGCUACAAUCCGCCACCUCACCCUCCCCAUGAAAUCCUUCCUCGUAACUUCCUCGGGAACAUUUGUCGGAAUCAUCUCCGCUGACAACGCCUCGCGCUCCUUCGAAGCCUCCCGCAACGCAGAACGCCAAUGGUAUGAGAACCGCGAGCAGCGUCUCCGCGAUGAGGGUUUGCAGGGUAUGAGUUUUAUGGACCGUGCAUUCGCGUUCGCUCGUCGUGAGAAGUACAAGAUUGUUAGCGCUACGUGGGUGGCUAGUAUGAUUGGGUCGUGGGUGUUUGUGGGGCGGAACCCUUUUUUGUCUGGGCAGCAGAAGAUUGUGCAGGCGCGUGUGUAUGCGCAGGGUUUGACGCUGGCGGUGUUGGUUGCAUCGGCGGCGUUUGAGAUUUCGGAUCAGAAGAAGGGUCGUGGGAUGUUGAAGCAGGGGCAGAAGGCGGAUAUGAAUGCGGCGGCUAAGGAGAAAGCUGCAGAGGAGCAACAGGGGAAUUUGUGGAAGGAUAUGGUUGCUGCCGAGGAGGAGAGGUUGAAGCAGAAACAUCAAUCGUUGUAUGAAAAGCCUCAUGCGCAUGCUGAGGAGCUCGCUGAUCAGGGCGAGAAGGGCAAGAACUAAGUACAUGCUUGAUUCUGUUUGGACGACACAAGGCAGGUCCUUCUCUGUCUGUUGGAUAUUUGAGUUCAUUUUACGUGGUAAAAAGGCGUUCUGUUAUAUAAUGUAUUCCUAUUGUACGAAAUAUUCAAUCUCCUACUCCAAACUUCCUGAUAUGACACGAUUGGAGAACUUCAUUGUUACAUACUAUUCAACCAG